AUGCUGGGAACAAGUUCUUUUAGGGUCCCUUCCAACCCAAACCAUUUAAGGAUUCUGUGGGGAAGCCUUGGGAGUCUUGGCAAACCCUGCACCAUAUCUGCCUGUGACAGCUGUGCCCUGUCUUCGCAGCAAGAUUACCUCAUGCUGUGUGCCGUGGACGAGGAGAGCGAGAUGGUGGACGGGGGCAAGAAGGACACGAUCGAUGACCUGAAGGAAGGGGAGCUGGAGGCGUUCAUCAGCUCCCUGGGGCUCAACAAGUAUGCAAAGAGUUGCCUGGUGGUGGAGGAGGAUGAGGAUGAGGAUGAUGGUGGCAGCAGAGAGAAAGAGAAGCCUCCAAAGAAAGAGAAAAACAAGAAAGAAACAAAUUGUUCUUCACUAGAGGGGAAAAAAGGAAAAAAAGGAAAGGAGAAGGCAAGCAGUGUGAAAGACACUGUGACCGGCAAAAAGAAGCAGGCUGGUGGUGAUCAGGGCCAACAGCCUUCUGCAAAGAAAGAAAGGCUGGAAGAAGAUUUUGAAUUUCAUGCUAGGCAAGCAAUCCUGAUCAAACCAGGGAGCAAGUGGUAUGAUCUGGAAUACACCAACGAAUUCUCUCCAGAGCCACAGAAUCAGGCACUUUUGUCCAAGUAUAAGGCCCUGGCCCAAAAGCUGUAUGAACAUGAGACAGACCUGUUUAAGAAUAAGACAGACUAUCAGAAGGGGGCCUCUUCGGCGUGGAUUAAAACUGUUGUGUCCUCAGGUACCUUGGCUGACAGGAUGGCAGCGAUGACCCUUCUCAUCCAGGACAGUGCUGUCCACAGUCUCCAAUUUGUUGAGAACUUAAUAAGCCUCAUAAAGAAAAAGGGCAGCAGGCAGCAGAGCCUUAUGGCUUUAGAUACUUUCAAGGAGCUUCUCAUUACAGAUAUCUUACCAGACAAUCGAAAAUUGUGGUCUUUCUCGCAGAGACCGCUGAACAACAUAGUGCAGAUGUCGAGUGGCAACAAGGAUUCAAGAGACAGGCGGCUGAUACUUUGGUACUUUGAGCAUCACCUGAAGCUGCAGAUAGCAGAGUUCGUGCAGGCCUUGGAAGCACUGAGCCACGAUUGUCUGACAGCCACCAAAUCCCGAGCGCUGGCAGUUUCCCAUGAGCUGCUCUGUAACAAGCCUGAGCAGGAGAAAGCUCUGCUGGUUCUGCUGGUGAAUAAACUGGGUGACCCUCAGAACAAGAUUGCCACCAAAGCCUCUUAUCUUUUAGAGACGUUACUUCACAAGCAUCCAAAUAUGAAGGGAGUAGUGUGCAGCGAGGUGGAGAGGCUGUUGUACCGCUCAAACAUCAAUGUGAAAACUCAGUAUUAUGCUAUCUGCUUUCUAAAUCAGAUAGUCCUCAGCCAUGAAGAAAGUGCAUUGGCUAACAAACUGAUAACUUUGUACUUCUGCUUUUUCCGGAACUGUAUAAAGAAAAAAGAUGUUGAAUCCAAAAUGCUCAGUGCUCUUCUUUGUGGGGUAAACAGAGCUUACCCUUACGCUGAGACUGGUGAUGAGAAAGUGAAAGAGCAAAUGAAUACUUUGUUCAAAGUUCUGCAUCUUGUGAACUUCAGUACCAGUGUCCAGGCCCUGAUGUUGCUGUUCCAAGUGAUGGACUCUCAGCAGACUGUGUCGGACAGGUACUACACAGCACUGUACAAGAAGCUUCUAGAUCCUGCUUUGGCAACGUGCUCAAAGCCCUCCAUGUUUCUAAAUCUUGUCUAUAAGUCUCUGAAGGCAGAUGUGGUGCUGCGGCGUGUGAAGGCCUUUGUGAAGAGGCUACUUCAAGUCACUUGUGGACAAAUGCCACCCUUCAUUUGUGGAACCCUGUACCUUCUGUCUGAGCUUUUGAAAGUAAAACCAGAGUUAAGGGUCCAGUUACAGGAUCACAUGGGGUCAGAUGAUGAAGAGUGCUUUAAGGAUCAAGAAGAGGCUGAAGAGGAUGAGGAAAAAUUUGUGGAUGCUGACAAAGAAGCAGAAGAUGAAAAGAAAAGUACAAUGGAAAGUUCUGCUAAAGCAAACAAUUCAAAUUCAUCAGCCUCGUGGGUGCAUAAUUUGAAUAUGAGAGGCAGGAAGAGUGAAGCUUCCUAUGAUCCUAUGCACCGAAGUCCUUUAUACUGUGGUGCUGAAAGUACAAGCCUUUGGGAACUGAAGAAGCUUUCUGAACAUUUUCAUCCGUCUGUGGCCCUGUUUGCAAAAACAAUUCUCAAAGGAAAUCACAUUCAGUACUCUGGCGACCCUUUGCAGGAUUUCACGUUAAUGAGAUUCUUGGAUCGUUUUGUGUACAGAAAUCCCAAAGUCAGCAAAGGCAAAGAAAACACCAGCAGUGUGGUAAUGCAGCCAAAGAAGAAGCAUUUUAUGAAGGAUAUGCAAAAUCUUGCAGGGAUGUGCUUUUCCACCAGCUUUGGGUCUGUUGCAUUGCAAAGAGACUAUUUGGGUUUUUUCCUAUCAGACUCAAACAAUGACAAGCAACUGAAAUCCGUCAGUAAAAAGAGCAAGAAAAGGAAAGAUAUUAAUUUUGCAGGACCACUGGAAGGAUCCAGCCGAGGAAAGAAGAGAAAAGUUCAAGAUGCCGGUAUACUGGCAUCUGCAGAAGAGUUUGGAUAUCUGCUGGAUGAAAAUGCUGGCUCCAAGUUUGACAAUAUUGGAAUGAAUGCCAUGGCCAACAGAGAUAAUGCGAGUAAGUACAUGCUGCAAGUAGCAGGCAGUUGUAAUGCUGAAAUUCACUUUCCCUUCAGGGUCUAUACAUGAAAACAUGAACCACCUUUAACUGGAAUACAGGGUCAGAAACCACACACAGAAGGGACAGCAGCUCAACAGUAAGACCUGACAGUUUUCUCCAGUGAUGAGCGAUGUCCAGUGCUAACUAAUUAAGUGGGAGUAGUGGAGUGAAUAAGGUUUCAGAAAAAAGAGAGGCUGUCGUUGGCCCUUUCACACUGUAAACAGGGAAAGGCAGGAUGCUCUUUGUCAAGCAUUUGUGUGAGUUCUGCUCAGGUGAAGUGUCCUUGAUUCCUUGGGAAGGGAAGGCAUAAGGGGUACUGCUGUAUUUACCUACCUAUUGGACUGUCUCCUUGCAGUAUCAGUGAAGCAGAAAGUCGUUUUCCCAAAGUAAUUCUAAUGAAUUACAUGUGUAUAUGCCGGUUGAAUAAACACUGCUCCUAACGCAA